AUGUCACACACUUCCCAAACCACUUCAUCUUUACCCACGCUACAAAAUAUGUUUAAGAAGAGGAUUUCUAUCAAAAAGGAAGGCGAUGAAAAUAAUUAUUACAACUUUAAAUUCGUUCCUAGUGAUACUAAAGAAGAUAUCCACGAAGUAAUUUCUAAUUGCUUCGAAAUGGAUUGUUUUUCACUUCGUGAUCACGAAGGAAAUUUCAUUACCGGAAGUUAUGCAUCCUUGGAGAGAGAUAAAACCUAUGAUAUAGUUGAUCGUAACGAAAGUAAAUUGAGAAAUUCUCCUACCUAUCACGAUGGUACUAACGAAAGUAUCAAUUCUAGUGGAAGCAAGAGCAUCGAAAAUGAAAAUGCGAUAAAGGAAAAAAAACGCAAAACCCAACGGCAAAAUGAACCAGCGGAUAAUAAUCCAGGUCCUUCCGUUACCAACAAAAAAAAACCCAAGCCGACGCAACAAGUUAGGGCUUGCUCAAGGUGUCGUCGUAUCAAAAAGCGUUGCGAUCGACAAAGGCCUUGCGGACGUUGUGUCAAAUCAAACUUUGCAAAUGCUUGUGAGGUCAUUAAAAUCGGCUAUAAAGAACAAAGCUGA